CACUUCUCUCUGCUGUAGGUGUCUCACUUGGAUGAUCCGGGUCUGUCGCCUGUUGCGCUGCGUCCGGAUAUGGAAAUAUAGCGCGCAAACGAGGCGCGCGUCUCCAAAGGCUGUGCGUUUGUGUUGCUGGACAGAUAUCGGACCUCGUUAGAUAUGAAUGGAUAUGGCAUAAAUAUGAAUUUCUCCUCGGGGAACUCCUCCUCGUGGAAAACGGAGUCUGUGGUCAUUUCUUUGGCGUUUUCGGUCAUUUUCCUGGUCGGCACCGUGGGAAACUCUCUGGUCCUCGCGGUUCUGUUUCGCAACGGGCAGAUGAAUACCAAAACCACCAACAUGUUCAUCCUCAACCUCGGGAUAGCAGAUCUGUGUUUUAUUGUUUUCUGCGUGCCCUUUCAAGCCACCAUCUACACUCUGGAUGGAUGGGUGUUCGGCCCCGUGGUGUGCAAAGUCGUGCACUUCAUCAUUUUUCUCACCAUGUACGCGAGCAUCUUUACUCUGACAGCUGUUUCCCUGGACAGGUAUUUAGCCAUUUGCUACCCACUCCGGUCGAGGGAGAUGAGAACACCAAAGAAUGCCCUCACCUCGAUCUGCCUGGUUUGGGCCUUGGCCUUGGUUUUCUCAGGACCGUAUCUCAGCUACUAUGCACAGAUGGAGCUGGCCGGCGCCGUGGUGUGUAUUCCUGCCUGGGAGACCAAACCACGCAUCAUAAUGGAUGUGUGCACCUUCAUCUUUGGCUACCUAAUCCCCCUCCUGGUGCUCUGCCUCACCUACGGUCGCACCAUCCGAUACCUGUGGACCAGCGUGGAUCCCGUAAAGGACAGGUCCGAGUCGAGGCGGGCCAAGCAGAAAGUCACAAAGAUGAUCGUCAUUGUCGCCGCUCUCUUCUGCCUCUGCUGGCUUCCCCAUCACCUGGUCAUCCUCUGCAUGUGGUCCGGACGCUUCCCCCUCAACCACGCCACCUACGUCCUCCGUAUCCUCUCCCACCUGGUGGCUUACACCAACUCUUGCCUGAACCCCAUCGUCUACGCGCUCAUCUCCAAGCACUUCCGCAAAGGCUUCAGGAAGGUGUUCAGCUGCUCACUGAGGACCAGGGAGGUCAACAAGGUGCACGUGGCGCAGGUGAGCAGUGUGGAGACGUCCAACUGAAGACAGCGGCCAGAGGAAGGAGAGGGAGAGCCGACGGAACAUUAUGAACUAUGAACAUAACCAGAAUGAAAUAAAGUUCCACACAGAAAAAACAUUGCUUAUCCGUGAAGAAGACCAUAAUGAGGAAGCUGCAGGGCAGGGACUGUCUCCGCUGAAUUAGUGACCACCAAAUCACCAAAUUGGUCGCAAAAGAAGCAAAUGACACUUUUUGGUUCCAGGGAUGUCAGUGUUGGUUGAUCGGUCGUUCAGUCCACCACUUGUUCCAGACUGAAAUAUCUCAACAACUAGUUGAUGGAUUGAGAUGAAAUUGGGAACAGGCGUUCAUGAUCCCCAGAGGAAAAGGCCUCAUUACUUCAGUGAUCCUCUGAGUUUUCCUCCAGCUUCACCGGCAGGACAAAGUUUUCACUCAUCCAGUGAAAUAUCUGCUCUAGCACUACCAUGAUGUUGACAUUUAGGAUUUUGAGUUAAGUGUUUAAACAACUACUGGAUUGGUUGCCGUGAAAUUUGGUCCAGACAUGCAUGUUCCUGUCGGGAUAAAUUUGGUAAUCCCCUGACUUUUUCUCUAGCGCCAUCAUCUGGUCAAAAUUUCGAUGCACCUCUGUGCCAAGCUACAGCCUCACAGAGCUGCUAGCAUGGCUGUUUCUUGUUUAUCAAGAAAACAGACACGGUUGCUGUUCUGGAUUAGUUUUAGAUUUAUGUUUUUAAUGUGAGGAAAAAGCAAAUCCUCAAACACCUUGAUUUGUUUUUAAUCCACUUGUGCCAGAAACUAAACGGCACGUGUGGUUAGCAUGUGGCUCUAGACACUACAACAUAGCAAGGCGUACAUGAUUCAACUAAUACUCUGAACCAGGACUCAUGGUUGGCCAGAUUCUUAAGUACUUUUCCUGGAAAUCACACAUGCACUGACUUAAAAGCGGCGUGACCCGGGCAGACAGGGCCCUGCUGACUGAACAUGUGUUUCAUCAUAAAGAUCAUUUCUAAGAAUAUGAUGAAACACAGUAGUAAUUUACUUUCAGUGAAAUGAGCUCAAUAUGCUUUGUAGAAACUUAAUAAAAGGAUAUUACCACUAUUGCAUUCAGUGACUUGUACGAUUACAGUUUAUUAUUACUAAUAAUUUAUAUAGCACUUUUAAAAAAACAACUUGCAAAGUGCUUUAUUCAAAUCAGAAUCAGAAAUAUUUUAUUAAGUCCCAGAGGGGAAAUUCCUGAAGGGAACAUUAGUUCUCUGCAUUUAACCCAUCCUAUUUAGGAGCAGCAGCUGCCAUCGUACGGCGCCCAGGGAGCAGUUCAGGGUUCAGGACCUCGCUCAGGGGACACCUUCGACAUUGGUUCGUGCUGGACUCGAUCUGGCAACCUUCCGGUUUCCAAGCCAAGUCCUAACAGACUGAGCUAAUGCUGCCCCAAAUUAAUUAAUUAAUUAAUUAAUAAUAAUAUAAUAAUACAUAUUAUUGAUAGAGCACUUAUCAAACAAAGUAGAAAGUACUUCACAAAAGAGACAGAGAGAGACGGUAUCAAAUACCACAGUGAGGAAUACAAUACAUGAGAGUAAAAAUAAAAUAAUAGAAAUAACAAUAAAAUGUAAAUUAACUACACAGGAUAUAUAAGAGAAGAUAAAACGAGAAUAAAAUCAGCAGCUCGGAUAAAAUCAGGAAAUGCUUUUCAAUCAAAGUGUGUUUUUAAAAGAAACACUGACUCAGCCGGCCUAAUUUUCUUGGGCAGGUUGCUCCAGAGCCUCGGCGCCCUGACAGCCACGGUUUGAAAACGGCAAAAACAGUUCAGGGAGUCUUUCUAUUAACUGCAAUUUACCUGUAAUCUGUAAAUAUUCCCAUAUUCAUACAACAAGAAUCUUGAGAUACGAUUUGAGUCUUAUCUGCCUGCGUCACUCCAUUAGCGUGUGAUUCACUGGACUUACAGGAGCCGCUGGCAGAGUUAGCUUGUUUAAUACAUUUAACUUUCCUACCUUCAGAGUUUCAUCAUUUUAUCUAAUUGCUAGCUAACACUGGUGCUUAGGCACAGACAGUGAAAUUGAGGAUUAGUUUUGCAGAGGUACAUUUAGAUUUCAUUUAAAGUCUUUUGUGAGUCUUUUUUAAAAAUAAGCAGCCUUUGUUCUCUCACCUCUGGAGUUUUUACCUGGCUAGCUAAUUGAAGGUGUGUUACUUCAAAUGUUUCACUACUGCUUUAUUGAACACCGAUUACAUUUUCAUUCACAGUCAUGAACAGGAGGAAAGGAGAUAUUUGCUUGAAACUUGAAAUGGAAUUAGAGAUGAAAAUGCAGCCUGUGUUUUAUGAUGGUGUCUUUGGUUCUGGUUCAGCAUUGUGGGGGUCUGUGUUUGAGCGGUCAUCAUGGUCUGCUGUUGUGUGUGAGGGUCUGACUUGCUGAUUUGAUUUAUCAUCCUCCACAGACUGCAGACGUUACUUUAGAAAAGGUAUUACUAUAUUGUAAAUAUAGUAAGACUUUAGUUCACUGAAGCACACGCCUGUGCUGUACUGGGUUUUUCUAAUUUGCACUUUGUUGACCGCAAAAGCUCUGUCCCCUUUAGUUCUCAGGCUGGACACAGGAAAAGACUGGAGACCCCCGCCUGAGGAUCUCAAACUGCCCAAUGGUUUAUAAAGAGUUAAAUAAGCCUUAAAAGUUAUCAAUAAGAUUUUAAAUCGAUCCUAAAACAGACUGGGAGCCAAAAGGCUAAUACAGAUGUGACAAAGUCUCAAACACAGAAAGCCAGAAAAAAACAUGUGGAUCAGAGUGAAGUGAAAUAUGAAUUAAACAAAAUAUUAACAACAAAAUCCAAAGUUACAAAAUAAAGAAAAGUCGAAUAAUGUUUUUUUUUUUAUGUUUAAAUGAUGAUAAACAGAUGAUCUACUUGAUGAAGAUCAUCAGUGUCACCCAGAAGGUUUAAUGAGAUGGGAGAGUUACUAGAGGGAAUGACUCACUACAGUUUAGGAGUAAAAAGCUCAGAUGAGUCUCGCAUUCAGAAGCUCGGUGGUACAGGAUUUGUCUGAGGAGCUGUGGGUGGUGUUGGACUAGAAUAUAUUUAUUUUUUUGUCAGAAUGUUGUGAAACCAAAAUUUGCCAGACAGACUUUAAAUCUUUUCUGCAUGUCUAAAUAUUUGUCCCUGUGUUACUAAUUCAGCAUCUUGUACAGAUACCUCAAAACACCUCAGUGUUGUUGUUUAGUAAUUUUGACUUUUGAAAAUAUGCUGCAUGAUAAUUUGUUGUCACUGGGAUCCUCAGUGUUGUAUGUUGAAAAUAUAUGUAUGUGUGUAACGUCACAGAACAUAAAACUGAUCUGGUGCUGUAACGUGAGAGAAAAGAAAACGUUUCUUUCUGUCUUCAUGCAUGCCGGCAGCAUUAUUGUGGUGUACAGAACAUCAUCAGGACUUGUUGAAGUAAUAAAUACAUAAAGUUGUACACGC